UGGUGGUAAGGCAAAAACAUAUCAUACAUUUAGACAUUUAGAAUUUUUCGUUCCAACGAUGCAAUCAUAAUUUUAUCAAUACUUAAAGUCUUUAAGAUUAAAUUAAAAGAUAAAAAGUAUAAUUAAUUAAACCUAAACUUUGUACAAUCUUUAAAACUAGAACAUAAACAACAUGAAGUGGCAGUUAUUUAUUUUACAAUUAUGUUCAGUGAGUCUAGUAAAUUCAUCUCACCUGGAAAUAAUUUCUCAGUGGAAGUAUAUAGAUUGGACUUGGCCAAAUGUUGUUCUCACAGGCAAAAGGUAUAUUUUUGAGAAUCCUUUUACUCAAGAUGUAGAUGUAGAUGCAAGUGGACGUGUAUUUGUCACAACUCCACAGUGGUUGGACGGUACUCCAAUUACUCUAUCUACUGUAACAGAUUUAGAAGGGCCAGGUGGCCCGUUACUUACCCCUUAUCCACAUUGGUCUUGGCAUUCUUCCAAUGAUUGUGAUAAACUCAUAUCUGUUUAUAGGGUUGCGAUUGAUGAAUGCAAUAGACUGUGGCUUGUUGAUGUUGGAAGAGUUAUGUCAAAAAAAAUAUGCCCUAUGAAAAUAAUGAUAUUCGAUUUAUUCACUGAUCGUUUGAUUCAUAAAUAUAUCAUCCCAAGUAGCCAAACAUUUGGAGAAGCAUCAUUAGUUACGCCAAUUAUUGAACUAGUAAACGGUACAUGCAAUAAUGCAAUAUUAUAUGUUGCUGAUGUUUCUGAAAACGGCCUUGUGAUAUAUAACUUGAUACAAAAUCGAUCAUGGAGGCUAAAUAAUACUCAAGGAAAUGCUUUUGGACCUGACCCGGAUGGCAUGAAUAUAACUAUUGCUGGUGAAUCAUUUGAUCUGACUGAUGGUAUUCUUGGAAUGGCUUUAACACCAUUAAAUUUAUUUGAAGAGAGAUAUUUAUAUUUCAAUUCAUUAGCAAGUUAUCGUCAGAAAUUUCUACCAACAAAUUCUGUAAAAAACAACGAAUUCAAUGAGCCAAUAGUAUUUGAAUCAAUCAUAAAACGACAGAGUCAAGCAGGUGUCCAAGCCAUAUCAAAAGAUGGCGUUAUGUUUUUUCAACUGGUUGAAUUGACAGCUAUUGCAUGUUGGAAUAUUCAAAAACCAUUUACAUAUGAUUAUAUUGAAAUAUUAGCUAUUAAUGAAGAUCUUUUUCAAUAUGUCAGUGGUAUGAAAGUUAUUAAAAAUUAUCAAGGAGAAGAAGAACUUUGGUUUAAUACUAAUAGACUUCAAAAAACUAUUAAUAAAACCCGAAAACCAACUGAUAUAAAUUUCCGUAUUUUUAAGGGUAAAGUUCAAGAUCUGAUAAAAGGUACGAAAUGUGAGACAACUUUUUACUCUAAAUAUCCAGAUUUUACUACUUGGCGACAAGUACCGUAAAAAAUAUUAUGUACAAAAAUAUUAUACGUACGUUUUUAUGUAUUAAAUAAAUCCUGCCUUUCUUAUUUUGUAUUUAUA